CAGGAGGGAAGUUGGGGACGCUCUGGCGGCUUGGGAAUCCUUUAAACUUUAAAGUAACUGAAUCUCUAAAACUGUGCCAUAAUGGAGGAGACUGAAGAAAUUGAUGAAUUCGAGGAGGAAGAGAUUGUGGAGGAGUCUUUUAAGAUGACUUCGUCGACUGUCAGUCACCAGACAACUAAGGUGGCCGAGGCUGGUGUUCUCGCUACCAGAAAGAUCAGGAAGAAGGUCAAGGUGGACACCUCAAAGUUCAUGACCCCUUACCUAGCCCACAGCCAGAAGAUGCUGGACCAGUACAGUCAUAACAAGUACCGUCUUGAAUAUGAUAAGGCCAAGGGGCAGCCCUAUGCCAUCAGUGCUGACACCCCUGAGAUGAUCAGGAUCAAGAAGGCCCAGGAGCAGCUCAGCGAGGUGAAGUACCGCAUGGAGGGCAACAAGACCAGGACUACCAGCUUGUAUGACGGCGAGGCCAGAGAGAUCGCCCACGUCAAACAUGUCUCUGAGCUUAUCAGCAAGGUACUGUACAGGCAGAAAUGGGAUGAGACCAAGGACAGAUUCUUCUUGCCACCUGAUUGUCCUGAGCUGGUCCUGGCUGUCAAGAAUGCUGCUAACUACAGCAAGAAACUGUACACAGAGGCCUGGGAUGAGGACAAGACCAUGUUCUUCCCCUACAGUGACAGCCCUGAGCUCCGCAGGGUAGCCAAGGCCCAGGAGGUCCUCAGUGACAUCCACUACAAGAAAGGUCAUAACGAACGUAAGGCCAAGUACACCUCCCUGGCUGUUUCUCCAGAUAUGGAGCUGGCCAAGAAAGCGUUCACUCAGCGCAGUGAUCUGAAGUACCACGAGGACUAUAACAAGAACGUGAAGGGCCAGUGGUGCGAGACCCCCUACUUUGAAGUGGCCACUGCCAGGAUGGCCAUGGACAACUUCAGCAGUAAAAAGUACACUGCUGCGUAUGAGGGUAUUAAAGACCAAAUCUAUUUCAUGCAAACGGACACGCCAGAGUACGGAACACGCAAGAAGGCUGGCAAAGCGGCAAGCUCGGUGCAAUACAAGAAGGACUAUGAGAAGACGAAGGACCAGGCUGCUUACAAUGUUCUACCUGCGACGGAUAACCCCCUUCUCAGGCAGCUGAGAUAUGCCGGCACCAUCCUCAGUGAUAAAGUGUAUAAGGCCAGCUAUGAGAAAUCAAGGGGAUCUAGCAUAAACUACUGUGAUACGCCCAAAUUCAAAAUGGACUCAGUGAUUCAGAAGUUCAGUGAUGCACAUUAUAGAGAGAAGUACGAAAACGAAGUGAAAGGUCAUUAUAUUGGCAGCUAUGAGGACAUUUAUAUGCUACACUGUCAGAAAAUGGAGGAGAUAAAGAGCGAAACAAAUUACAAAGCAGAUUAUGAAGACAUGAAGACUAGAUGUUUCUACCCCCAAACAAUGACGCCUGAAUACGAAGCCACUAAGAAGCUUCAACAGUGUAAAGAUAAAGUAUACCGGCAACAUCCGGACAAAGUGAAAUUCACUCAAGUGACGGACUCGCCAGUUCAACUCCAAGCUGCCAUCAAUGCCAAACAGCUAAGUGAUCUGAACUACCAUGCACAGUAUGAAAAGGAUAAGUUUAAGUGUUCCCUGCCCGUGGACUACCCCUUCUUCAUCCAGUCCAGAGUCAACGCUUAUAACCUUAGUGACAAUUGUUACAAGUAUGACUGGGAGAAGAAAAAAGCCAAGCAGUUUGAGGUCAAGGGGGACACCAUCUCAAUCCUGGCUGCCCGUGCACAUACAAACAUUGCCAGCGAUGUGAAGUACAAGAAGGAAUACGAGAAGAACAAGGGUCAAAUGGUGGGAGCCCUCAGUAUCCACGACGACCCCAAGAUCCUGCAUUCUGUCCACGUGGCCAAAAUUCAGAGUGAUAGGGAGUAUAAGAAGAACUAUGAGAAGAUCAAGACCAAGUUCCACACCACCCUGGACAUGAUGUCCCUCACCCUGGCUAAGAAAUCCCAGGCUAUAGCUAGCAUGACCGGCUACAGGCGCAUCCACAACCACUACAUGCUGCCCUAUGACAGCUUAGCUCUGGACCUGGCCAAGAAAGUCAACAUCCAGCAGAGUGACAAUGAAUACCAUUCAGACUACAACAACUUCACCAAGGGAACUCCGUGGGUACCCUAUGGCUCUAUAGAAGUAGAAAAGGUCAAGAAAGCCGGUGAAAUCCUCAAUGAGAAAAAGUACAGGCAACACCCUGACACCAUCCCCUUUACGUCAAUUGACGACCAUCCAGUGAUGAUGCAGGCCAAAGUCAACCAGAUGAUGAGGAGUGAUUUGCACUACAAGAAAGGUUUGGAGAAGACCCACCAGAAGUACUCUCUGCCCCAUGAUCUCCCAGAGUUCAUCCAGGCCAAAUGCAAUGCCUACAACAUCAGCAAGAGCUGCUACAAGGUGGCAUGGGAGGAAACUAUUGCAAAGGGGUAUGACCUGAAGAAUGACGCCAUUUCCAUCAUUGCUGCUAAGAAAGCAAGACAUGCAGUCAGUGACGUUCAGUACAAGAAAGCCUAUGAGAAGAACAGAGGCCACCAUGUUGGCUGCCGUAACGUUAAGGACGACCCCUUGCUGGUGCACUACAUGGCGGUUGCCAAGAUGCAGAGUGAGAGAAACUACACGAAGGAUUACCACAAGACCAAGCUGAAGUACCACUCUCCAGUAGAUAUGAUGAGCCUCGCCCAUGCCAAGCACGCCUCUGCUGUGCAAACCUACGCUGGCUACAAGACGAUCCACCAUCGCUACUCCCUGAUGCCUGACGCCAUGAACCUGGCGCUGGCUCGCACCAUGAACGUCAACGCCAGCGAUUGCAACUACAAGUCGGAUUACGAGAGUUACGUGAAAGGAACGGGGUGGAUUCCCAUCGGCUCCUUGGAGGUGGAGAGGGCCAAGGCCGCUGGCUCUGCUCUGGAUGAGCACAAGUACCGGCAGCAUCCCGACACCUUCAAGUUCACCAGCCUCACCAACUCCAUGAACAUGGAGCUGGCCAAGACAAACGCCAAGAUCAUGAGUGUUCGGGACUACAAAGCAAGCGGAGAGAAGUUUAUGCACACCUACCAUCUCCCUGCAGAUGCACCACAGCUGAUGCAAGCCAAAUAUAAUGCUGUCAACAUUAGCCAGAAUUAUUACACCCAUGCUCACCGUCAAGACCUGCUUAAGGGGCACCAUGUGAAAGAGGAUGCCAUUUCCGUCCUCGCUGCCAGAGCCUCAACGAACAUUGCUAGUGAUUACAAGUACAAGCUGGCACACGAGAAGGCCAGGGGCCACCACGUUGGCUGCCGUAAUGUUCAGGAUGACCCCUUGCUCGUGCACUACAUGGCGGUUGCUAAGAUGCAGAGUGAGAGAAACUACACAAAGGAUUACCACAAGUCCAAGCUGAAGUACCACUCUCCAGUAGAUAUGAUGAGCCUCACCCAUGCCAAGCAGGCUUCUGCUGUACAAACCUUCGCUGGCUACAGGAAGAUUCAACAUAACUACACACUGCUUCCUGAUGCCAUGAAUCUUGGUCUGGCUCGUACCAUGAUGGAGAUUCAGAGUGAUAAUGCCUACAAGUCAGACUACAUGAAUGUGUACAGGGGUGCAGGCUGGGUCCCCAUUGGUUCGGUGGAGGUCGAAAAGGCUAAAGCAGCUAAGGCUGCUCUGGAUGAACAUGGCUACCGCCAGCACCCCAGCACCUUCAAAUUCAAAAGUCUGACCGACUCCAUGAACAUGGCCCUGGCCAUCAGUAACACCAAGCAACUCAAUGAUCCUGCAUAUAGAGCUUCUGGUGAGAAAUUCAAGCACACCUACCACCUGCCAGCAGACAGCCCUGAGUUCAUCCAGGCCAAGUUCAAUGCUCAGACCAUGAGCGAGGCUCACUACAAGCACCAGUGGGUGCAGGAUAUUUCCAAGGGCUACGACAUGAGGGUGGAUGCCAUCUCCAUUGUGGCUGCAAAGCAUGGCAGGCAUAUUGCCAGUGACUUCCAGUACAAGAAGGACUUUCAGAAGGCCAAGGGCCACCAUGUUGGCUUCCGUAAUGUUAUGGAUGACCCCUUGCUCGUGCACUACAUGGCGGUUGCUAAGAUGCAGAGUGAGAGAAACUACACAAAGGAUUACCACAAAUCCAAGCUGAAGUACCACUCUCCAGUAGAUAUGAUGAGCCUCACCCAUGCCAAGCAGGCUUCUGCUGCACAAACCUUCGCUGGCUACAGGAAGAUUCAACAUCAUUACUCUCUCCUGCCCGAUGCCAUGAACCUGGUUCUGGCUCGAGGCAUGAACUCCAUCGCCAGUGAUUAUGAGUACAAAAGUGAUUGGAACAACUUUGUGAGAGGCACUGGAUGGAUCCCCAUUGGCUCAGUGGGAGUGGAGACAGCCAAGAUUGGAGGGAAUAUUCAGAGUGAACACAAGUACCGUACACAUCCCUCCACCUUCAAGUUCCACAAGCUGAUGGAUUCCAUGGAUCUGACCUUAGCCACAGCCAACAACCAGAUUAUGAACAAGAAAGCAUAUUCAGAUAAAUGGAACAAGGACAAACUGAGUAUCCAUGUCAUGCCCGAUGCUCCGGAGAUUGUGCUGGCCAAGGCUAAUGCUAUCAACAUGAGUCAGAAACUGUACAAAGCUGGUGUGGUGGAGAUGGCCAAGAAGGGCUAUGACCUGAAACCAGAUGCCAUCUCUAUCUUGGCAGCCAAGUUAGGUACUAGAAUUGCUAGUGACUUCAAGUACAAGCUGGCACACGAGAAGGCCAGGGGCCACCUUGUUGGCUGCCGUAAUGUUCAGGAUGACCCCUUGCUGGUGCACUACAUGGCGGUUGCUAAGAUGCAGAGUGAGAGAAACUACACAAAGGAUUACCACAAGUCCAAGCUGAAGUACCACUCUCCAGUAGAUAUGAUGAGCCUCACCCAUGCCAAGCAGGCUUCUGCUGCACAAACCUUCGCUGGCUACAGGAAGAUUCAACAUCAUUACUCUCUCCUGCCCGAUGCCAUGAACCUGGUUCUGGCUCGAGGCAUGAACUCCAUCGCCAGUGAUUAUGAGUACAAAAGUGAUUGGAACAACUUUGUGAGAGGCACUGGAUGGAUCCCCAUUGGCUCAGUGGGAGUGGAGACAGCCAAGAUUGGAGGGAAUAUUCAGAGUGAACACAAGUACCGUACACAUCCCUCCACCUUCAAGUUCCACAAGCUGAUGGACUCCAUGGAUCUGACCCUGGCCAAAGCCAACAACCAGAUUAUGAACAAGCAAGCAUACAAUUCAGCCUGGGAAAAAGAUAAACUCCACAUCCACGUCAUGCCUGAUUCUCCUGAAAUUGUCCUUGCUAAGGCCAAUGCUAUCACAAUGAGUGAGAAACAAUACAAAGCUGGUCUGCAAGCACUGACGAAGAAGGGCUAUGACCUCCGAACAGAUGCUAUCUCCAUCCAGGCAGCCAAGCUUUCCACCCGCAUUGCCAGUGAUUACAAGUACAAGAAAGAUUAUGAGAAGGCAAGAGGCCACCAUGUUGGCUGCCGUAACGUUAAGGACGACCCCUUGCUGGUGCACUACAUGGAGGUUGCUAAGAUGCAGAGUGAGAAGAACUAUAAGAAGGAUUACCACAAGUCCAAGCUGAAGUACCACUCUCCAGUAGAUAUGAUGAGCCUCACCCAUGCCAAGCAGGCUUCUGCUGCACAAACCUAUGCAGGCUACAGAAAGAUUCAACAUCACUACACUGUUCUACCUGAUGCCAUGAACAUGGUGCUGGCUCGUAACAUGCAACAAAUUAUCAGUGAUAAUCAGUACAAAAGUGACUAUGACAGCUUCGUAAAGGGAUUGGGAUGGGUCCCAAUUGGUGCUGUGGAAGUUGAAACGGUGAAGGCAGCAGGCAAGAUCCGUAGUGAGAAACUGUACCGCCAGCAUCCCAGCAAAUUCAAGUUUACGAAAGACAUGUUCUCCAUGGACCUGACUCUAGCUACAGCCAACAACCAGAUCAUGAAUAAGCAAGCAUACAUGACUGCCUGGGAGAAGGACAAGACCAAGAUCCACAUCAUGCCUGAUUCCAUGGAGGUGGUUUUGGCAAGACAGAACAAAUCCAACUACAGCGAGAAACUGUAUAAGCUUGACAAUGAGCUGAGCAAGAAGAAGGGUCAUCACGUGCGCUCCGACGCCAUUGCUAUUCAAGCAGCUAAAGCCACAACUGUCAUUGCCAGCGAUUACAAGUACAAGGCAGGUUACCGCAAGCAAGUUGGCCAUCACAUUGGUGCCCUCAGUGUCCAGGAUGAUCCUCUGCUCGUGCUGGCUCUGAACUCAGCCAGGAUUGCUAGUGAUGCCCUCUAUAAGAAGGACUUCAACAAGUCAAAGACCAAGUUCAACCUUCCAGUGGACAUGAUGGCCUUUGAGCUGGCCAAGAAGAACCAGAUCCAGGUCAACCAUGCCAACUACAUCACCCGCCUGCACAACUGGACCUGUCUUCCAGAUUCCAGUGAUGUUGUACAUGCCAGACAGAUGUACGACAUGCAGAGUGAUGCUGUGUACAAGGCUGAUCUGAAAUGGUUGAGGGGAAUGGGAUGGGUGCCCAUUGGAUCACUUGAUGUUGAGAAGGCGAAGAAAGCUGGGCAGGUCCUGAGUGAGCAGCUGUAUCGUCAGCACCCAAGCAAGUUCGCUUUCAAAAGCUCAACUGAGGACAUGCCCUUGGUGUUGGCUAAGGCCAAUGCUCAGAUUGCCAACAAGAAAGCAUACACAGCGGCCUGGGAGAAAGAUAAGACAAGUAUCCACAUCAUGCCUGACAUUAUGGAUGUGGUACUGGCCAAACAGAACAAUGUCAACUACAGUUUGAAAAAGUAUAGACAAGGUUUUGAAGACACCAUCAAGAAGGGAUAUUACCUUCCUGUGGAUGCCAUCUCUGUCAAGGCUGCUAAACUUGGUAGAGAAAUCAUCAGUGAUUACAAGUACAAGACAGGUUACCGCAAGCAAGUUGGCCAUCACAUUGGUGCCCUCAGCGUCCAGGAUGACCCUCUGCUCGUGCUGGCUCUGAACUCAGCCAGGAUUGCUAGUGAUGCCCUGUAUAAGAAGGACUUCAACAAGUCAAAGACCAAGUUCAACCUUCCAGUGGACAUGAUGGCCUUUGAGCUGGCCAAGAAGAACCAGAUCCAGGUCAACCAUGCCAACUACAUCACCCGCCUGCACAACUGGACCUGUCUUCCAGAUUCCAGUGAUGUUGUACAUGCCAGACAGAUGUACGACAUGCAGAGUGAUGCUGUGUACAAGGCUGAUCUGAAAUGGUUGAGGGGAAUGGGAUGGGUGCCCAUUGGAUCACUUGAUGUUGAGAAGGCAAAGAAAGCUGGGCAGGUCCUGAGUGAGCAGCUGUAUCGUCAGCACCCAAGCAAGUUCGCUUUCAAAAGCACAACUGAGGACAUGCCCUUGGUGUUGGCUAAGGCCAAUGCUCAGAUUGCCAACAAGAAAGCAUACACAGCGGCCUGGGAGAAAGAUAAGACAAGUAUCCACAUCAUGCCUGACAUUAUGGAUGUGGUACUGGCCAAACAGAACAAUGUCAACUACAGUUUGAAAAAGUAUAGACAAGGUUUUGAAGACACCAUCAAGAAGGGAUAUAACCUUCCUGUGGAUGCCAUCUCUGUCAAGGCUGCUAAACUUGGUAGAGAAAUCAUCAGUGAUGUCAAGUACAAGACAGGUUACCGCAAGCAAGUUGGCCAUCACAUUGGUGCCCUCAGCGUCCAGGAUGACCCUCUGCUCAUGCUGGCUCUGAACUCAGCCAGGAUUGCUAGUGAUGCCCUCUAUAAGAAGGACUUCAACAAGUCAAAGACCAAGUUCAACCUUCCAGUGGACAUGAUGGCCUUUGAGCUGGCCAAGAAGAACCAGAUCCAGGUCAACCAUGCCAACUACAUCACCCGCCUGCACAACUGGACCUGUCUUCCAGAUUCCAGUGAUGUUGUACAUGCCAGACAGAUGUACGACAUGCAGAGUGAUGCUGUGUACAAGGCUGAUCUGAAAUGGUUGAGGGGAAUGGGAUGGGUGCCCAUUGGAUCACUUGAUGUUGAGAAGGCAAAGAAAGCUGGGCAGGUCCUGAGUGAGCAGCUGUAUCGUCAGCACCCAAGCAAGUUCGCUUUCAAAAGCACAACUGAGGACAUGCCCUUGGUGUUGGCUAAGGCCAAUGCUCAGAUUGCCAACAAGAAAGCAUACACAGCGGCCUGGGAGAAAGAUAAGACAAGUAUCCACAUCAUGCCUGACAUUAUGGAUGUGGUACUGGCCAAACAGAACAAUGUCAACUACAGUUUGAAAAAGUAUAGACAAGGUUUUGAAGACACCAUCAAGAAGGGAUAUAACCUUCCUGUGGAUGCCAUCUCUGUCAAGGCUGCUAAACUUGGUAGAGAAAUCAUCAGUGAUGUCAAGUACAAGACAGGUUACCGCAAGCAAGUUGGCCAUCACAUUGGUGCCCUCAGCGUCCAGGAUGACCCUCUGCUCGUGCUGGCUCUGAACUCAGCCAGGAUUGCUAGUGAUGCCCUGUAUAAGAAGGACUUCAACAAGUCAAAGACCAAGUUCAACCUUCCAGUGGACAUGAUGGCCUUUGAGCUGGCCAAGAAGAACCAGAUCCAGGUCAACCAUGCCAACUACAUCACCCGCCUGCACAACUGGACCUGUCUUCCAGAUUCCAGUGAUGUUGUACAUGCCAGACAGGUGUACGACAUACAGAGUGACGCCAUAUACAAAGCAGAUCUUAAGUGGCUCAAAGGACUUGGCUGGGUCCCCAUUGGUUCAAUUGAUGUGGAGAAAGCCAAGAAGGCUGGAGAAAUCCUGAGUGAGGCGAAGUAUCGCCAGCACCCCAGCACUGUGCCUUUUACAAGUCCUAUUGAUGCCAUGAACCUUGUCCUGGCAAAGAAUAAUUGCCUAACCAUGAACAAGAAAAUGUACACAGAGGCAUGGGAGGCAGACAAGGUGAAGCUGCACAUCAACCCUGACACUCCUGAGAUUGUGCUGGGCAAGCAGAACUCUAUCACCAUGAGCAAUAAGCAGUAUAGACAAGGUUUUGAAGACACCAUCAAGAAGGGAUAUUACCUUCCUGGUGACGCCAUCUCUGUCAAAGCUGCCAAACUUGGUAGAGAAAUCAUCAGUGAUUACAAGUACAAGACAGGUUACCGCAAGCAACUUGGCCAUCACAUCGGUGCCCUCAACGUCCAGGGUGAUCCUCUGCUCGUGCUGGCUCUGAACUCAGCCAGGAUCGCUAGUGAUGCCCUGUAUAAGAAGGACUUCAACCAGUCCAAGACCAAGUUCAACCUUCCAGUGGACAUGAUGGCCUUUGAGCUGGCCAAGAAGAACCAGAUACAAGUUAACGAUGCCAACUACAGAACUCGCCUGCACAACUGGACCUGUCUGCCAGAUUCCAGUGAUGUGGUGCAUGCCAGGAAGGUCUAUGAUCUGCACAGUGAUGCUGUCUACAAGGCAGACAUGGAGUUCACAAGGGGUUUGGGAUGGGUCCCUAUCGGGUCUCUGGACGUGUUGAAGGCGAAGAAAGCUGGAGAGAUUUUGAGUGAUCGCCUUUACAAGCAGAAACCAGAUGCACUUAAAUUCACCACUGACAUGCAGUCUAUGCCCAUGGUUUUGGCCAAGGCCAAUGCUGAUAUCAUUAACAAGCAUCAGUACUUGGCUGCUUGGGAGAAAGACAAGAUCAAAAUUCAUAUGACCCCGGAUAUACCUGAAAUUGUGCUUUCAAAGGCCAAUGCAAUCAACAUGAGCAGGAAACUGUACAGGCAAGGCUUUGAGGACUCCAUCCGCAAGCCUAUUGACAUCAAAUCAGAUUGCAUCGCAAUCAAAGCUGCCAAGCAUGGCAGAGAGAUCAUCAGUGAUUACAAGUACAAGGCAGCUUACCGCAAGCAAGUUGGCCAUCACAUUGGUGCCCUCAACAUCCAGGGUGAUCCUCUGCUCAUGCUGGCUCUGAACUCAGCCAAGAUUGCUAGUGAUGCCCUGUACAAGAAGGACUUCAACAAGUCCAAGACCAAGUUCCACCUCCCAGUGGACAUGCUGUCCAUUGAGUUGGCCAAGAAAUGCCAGGUCCAAGUCAACGACUUCAACUACAGAACUCGCCUGCACAACUGGACCUGUCUACCAGACUCUAGUGAUGUUGUUCAGGCCAGAAAGGUCUAUGAUCUGCGUAGUGAUGCCGUGUACAAAGCUGACCUUGAGUGGUUGAGGGGCACAGGCUGGGUUCCUAUUGGCUCAGUGGAUGUGGAGAAGGUCAAGAAGGCAUCAGAAAUCCUAAGCGAAAGGAAGUAUCGCCAGCACCCCAGCAACUUCAAGUUCACCGCCAAAACCGAUGGCAUACCAUAUGCCUUAGCUCAAGCCAAUGCACAGAUAAUGAACAAGAAAGCAUAUGUAGAAGCCUGGGAAAAGGACAAAGUCAACAUCCACAUUAUGCCUGACACACCAGAGAUCAUUUUGGGCCAGCAGAACAAACUUAACACAAGUCUGAAAUAUUAUCGUCAAGGAUUUGAAGAUGCCAUCAAAAAAGGCUACUACUUGCCAAAGGAUGCCAUCUCCAUCAAAGCUGCCAAGGCUGGCAGGGAUAUCAUCAGUGAUUAUAAGUACAAGGCCGGCUACCGUAAGCAAUGUGGACACCAUAUUGGAGCCUUAAGUGUUCAGGGUGACCCUCUCCUCGUGCUGGCAGCAAAUGCAGCUAAGAUCUUCAGCGAUAAUAUCUACAAAGCAGACUUCCACAAGACCAAGACCAAGUUUAACCUUCCUGUUGACAUGUUGGCUUUCGAGCUGGCUAAAAAGAAUCAGAUCCAAGUUAACGACGCAAACUACAGAACUCGCCUGCACAACUGGACCUGUCUGCCAGACUCCAGUGAUGUUGUCCAAGCCAGGAAGGUGUAUGAUAUCCACAGUGAUGCAGUGUACAAGGCUGAUCUUGAGUGGCUGAGAGGAUGCGGCUGGAUGCCUCAGGGCUCCGUGGAUGUCGUCAAGGCUAAGCAUGCCCAAACCAUCCUCAAUGACCGGCUGUAUCGCCAGCCACCCAGCUCUGUCAAGUUCACCAGUGUGGUUGACCUCCCCGCCAUUGUCCUCUCCAAGCAGAAUGCUGACACCAUUAGCGAUAGGAAAUACCAUGAAGUUUGGGAGAAAGACAAAACUUCCAUUCAUCUCCCAGUUGACAUACCUUCAAAUGUGCUGUCCAAGGCCAAUGCUAUCAGUAUCAGCAAUAAACUGUACACAAAAGCCUGGGAUAACCAGAAGGCCAAGGGGUACCACAUUAAGGAGGAUGCCAUCGCUGUCCUGAAGGCCAGAAAAUCCAGAGACAUCAUCAGUGACUACAAAUACAAAGCAGGUUACCGCAAGCAAGUUGGACAUCACAUUGGUGCCCUCAGUGUUCUUGAUGAUCCUCUGAUCAUGCUGGCUCUGAACUCAGCCAGGAUUGCUAGUGAUGUCCUGUAUAAGAAGGACUUCAACAAGUCCAAGACCAAGUUCAACCUCCCAGUGGACAUGCUGACCAUUGAGUUGGCCAAGAAAUGCCAGGUCCAAGUCAACGACUUCAACUAUAGGACUCACCUGCACAACUGGACCUGUCUACCAGACUCCACCGAUGUAGUCCAGGCCAGGAAAGCUUACGACCUUCAGAGCGACGCUGUGUACAAGGCUGAUAUGGAGUGGCUACGUGGAUGUGGCUGGGUUCCACAUAUGUGUUUGGAUGUGGUAAAGGUUAAGAAUGCCCAGAAGAUCCUGGCUGAUAGAGGCUACCGUGUCAAGUUGGAUGAGCAGAAGUUCACUGCUCCUGUCGAUAGAAUGGACUUUGUCCGUGCCAAGAAUGCUGCUGAAGUCCUUAACGAGGCUAAGUACCGUGAGACUUGGCACAAGGACAAGAUCAAGUACUCCUUGUCGGAUACCCCAAUCCUGGCCACAGCCAGAGAGGUGGCCAAGAACCUGCAUCCGAAAUUGUACACCAAGGACUGGGACAAGGUCAAGUCCACUGGAUAUUUCAUGCCUGGAGAUGCAGUUCCCAUCAAGCAGUGUAUCCAUAACGCCAAAGUGCAGAGUGACCACAAAUACAAAGCAAGUUACCGCAAGCAAAUUGGCCAUCACAUUGGUGCCCUCAGCGUCCAGGAUGACCCUCUGCUCAUGCUGGCUCUGAACUCAGCCAAGAUUGCUAGUGAUGCCCUGUACAAGAAGGACUUCAACAAGUCCAAGACCAAGUUCCACCUCCCAGUGGACAUGCUGACCAUUGAGUUGGCCAAGAAAUGCCAGGUCCAAGUCAACGACUUCAACUACAGAACUCACCUGCACAACUGGACCUGUCUACCAGACUCUAAUGAUGUCCAGCAAGCACGCAAAGCCUAUGACCUUCAGAGUGAUUUUGUCUACAAGGCGGAUAUGGAAUGGCUUAGAGGCUGUGGCUGGAUGGCAGCUGACUCUGUCCACCACGUCAAAGUCAGGAAUGCCCAGAAGAUUAUCAAUGAGAGGUUCUACAAGAAGGAUGCCAAAGAUAACUUUGCCAAGUACACACAUAUUGUGGAUCGUCCAGAAAUCAUCUUGGCAAAAAAUAAUGCUUUCAACCUCAGUGAUCUGAAGUACAAAGAGACCUUCAACAUUGAGAAGGGCCACUACAUUGGUUCUGAGGAUACCCCCCAGCUUGCCCACAGCAGGGAAGUCUCCAAGAACAUCAGUGAGAAAUACUACAAACUAGCCUGGGAUGAGGCCAAAGCUACUGGUUACCAGCUGAACCAUCAGUACAUGCCCCUAAUUGGAGCCAAGAAGGGCAGAGAGAUCAUCAGUGAUGCCAAAUACAAGGAUGCCCAUGAGAAGGCAAAGGGACACUACCUGGCUGGUACCCUUGUGGACUUCCCUGAAGUGAUGCGCUGUGGUGCUCAAGAGAAGGCCAAGGGACUGAGAGACUAUCAAAAGGCCUACAAUGAGACCAAGACAAAGAACCACCUUCCAGCUGACGUCAUCGCCAACGUGGUGGCAAAGAAGAGCCAAGAUAUGCUGAGUACUGUGCUGUACCGGAACUAUCUGCACCAAUGGACAUGCCACCCUGACCAAGAGGACAACAUCAGAGCUCGCAGGAACAACGAAAUCCUCAGUGAUGUGUUUUACAGAGAUGACCUGAACUGGAUGAAGGGGAUUGGCUGCUAUGUUUGGGACACGCCCGAGAUCGUUCGUGCCAAGAAAUCUUAUGAGCUCCAGAGCGAGCUCAAGUACAAAGAGGAGGGCAAAAAAGAGUUCAACAACUACUCCAUCGUGACAGAUACUCCAGUCUAUGUGACUGCUAUCCUGGGUUCCACCUGGGCUAGUGAGCUGAACUACAGGGAAGCCUACCAUAAAGAGAAGCACUUGUAUACAACCAUUCUGGACACCCAUGACUAUGCUAGGUGCCACGCCCUCAAGGAAAUCUACAGCAACAAAUCAUACACAGCUGCUUGGGAUAAGGUCAAGGCAAAGGCAUACCAAAUCCCAUCAGACUCCCAUGCUCUGAGCCACGCCAAACAGCAGAAAGUCAUCCUCAGUGGUGUGAAGUACAAGGAGGACUACGAGAAGUUCAAGUCUCUCUACAGCCUGCCCAAGUCCAUAGAGGACGACCCCUCCACUGCUCGAUGCCUCAAAGCUGGGAAGCUCUGCCUUGACCGCUUGUACAGGCAAGAUUAUGAGAAGACCAAGGCCAAGAAUCAAGUUGUACCCGACAUGCUGGAGAUUCUAUCCGCCCGCAACACCCAGGCGAUGAUCAGCGAGGUCGACUACAGGAAGCGCCUGCACCAGUGGGUGUGCCUGCCUGACAUGCAGGUGUUCGUCCAGGCACGCAAGGUCAACGAGCAGCUCAGCGAUAUCUUCUACAAAGAUGACAUGAACUGGCUGAGAGGUAUUGGCUGCUACGCCUGGGACACGCCCGAGAUCAUACGCUGCAAACAGUCCAACAUUCUGCAGAGUGAGAACAAAUACAGAGCCAAGGGUAUCGAGCACUUCAAGGACUACUCUGUUGUCCUGGAGACCCCAGGCUAUGAGAACAGCAAGCUGGCCUCCCAGAACCUGAGCGACCUUCACUAUCGCCAAGACUAUGCCACCAACGUCAAGGGCACAAACACCGCCCCCGCGGUCACCGUAGAUACGGAGAGGGCACGCAUGGCCAACUUCAUCCAGAGUGAAAACUUCUACAAAGAAGCCAACAAGAACUUCAUGCCCACUGGGUACACCCUUCCCUACGAUACUCCUCUGAAUAAGCAGGCCAAAGCCAACAGCAUUGUCACCAGCAGUGUGAAGUACAGUGAAGCCCAUGACCUGACCAAGGCCAAGGCCUAUACCCUGGACCCCGAGGGAGUCAGCUUUGUCAACAUCAGGAAGGCUAACAAGAUCACCAACCCCCGUCUGUACCGCGAGAAGUAUGAGAAGGAGAAGGAAAAGUUCCAUUCUGAAUAUGAUACCCCCGAGAUUAAACAGGUCAAGAUGACCCAGGAGGCCAUCAGCAACUUGUGCUACAAGGAGAAGUACUUUAACAACAGAGGCACCUUGAUCUCCAUGGCGACCACUCCUCAACUCAUGCACUGCCACCAUGUGAAUGAGAUCACAAGCGAUCUGAGGUACAAAGAGGACCUGCAGUGGCUGAGAGGCAUGGGCUGCUUCCUGUAUGACACCCCUGAGAUGGUCCAUGUUCGCAACAUCACCAAGUUCAGGACCAGCUAUGGCGUCGAAGCCAUGAAGAACCGCGGCAAGUUCUCCGUGGUCCUGGACACCCCAGAGUACCAGCGUGUGUCUGAGCUCAAGACCCACAUGAGCGGCCGUGUGUACAAGGCCCAGGCCGCCGAGGAGCAGAGCAAGUGCACCACCACUCUGGACUCCAUGGACAUCCAGAGAGUCAAGUGGGCCCAGCAGCUCACCAACAAGUACCAGUACACUGACCUGGCCUCCAAGGAGAGAGCCCACUUCACCCAGGAGAUUGACACCCCCACUAUGGACCAUUCCAGAGCAAUGAAGGUCAUCGUCAGUGAAAACAAAUACAAGAACCAGUAUGAGAAGAUGAAGCACAAGUACACUUCUAUUGCCGACACGCCCAUCCUGGUGCGCGCCAAGAAGGCCUACCUCAACGCCAGCGACUUGCGCUACAAGGAGACCUUUGAGCUGUCAAAGGGACACUACCACACUGUCCAGGAUGCCCUGGACAUUGUCUGCCACCGCAGGGUCACUGAUGACAUCAGUGAGGUCAAGUACAGGGAGAAGUACAUCAACUCUCUCGGUACGUGGAGGUCCAUUCCCGACCGCCCCGAGUUCUUCCACAGCAGGAAUGUCAGCGAUGCCGUCAGCGAUAUCAAGUACAAGGAGGAUAUGGAUUGGAUGAAGGGUAUCGGCUGCUUUGUGUGGGAUAGACCUGAGAUGGUCCAGGCAGAGAAGAACAAGACUCUGUACAGUGAGAGGCUGUACAAAGCUUCAUUCGAGAAGAACAGAUACAACUUCAAGUACACCUGCGAUACUCCCUUCUUCCACGCCGCCAAGAACGCGUCUGUUCUCAUCAACGAUAGGACCUAUAGAUCAGCCUAUGAGAAGAGCAAGGAUAAGUACUCUGUUGUUCUGGAUGAUCCCAAAAACCUGAUGGCCAGGGAGGCCAAGGCCCAGAGCCAGUGGAAGUACAGGGAGCAGUAUGAGAAAGCCAAGGACAAGUUCACCUCCAUCCUGGAGACCCCUGAGCACGAGUCCCAUAAACGCAGCAAGAAGAUCAGCGAUGUUAUUUACAAGAUGGAAUACCACAAGAACAAGGCCAAGGGCUACACCCUGCCCUAUGACACUCCAGCCACCAACCACAUGAAGAGGGUGAAGGAGAUCACCAGCAACCUGAAGUACAGGGAGGUGUACGAGAAGAGCAAGGCUCAGAUCAACAUGGCUCCCGAUUCCCACGAAAUCCGCGCCGCCAAGGAGGCCUACAAGAACAUUAGCAAUCUUGAUUACCGCAAGAAGUACCAUGCCACAAAGAACAAGUGGAUCUGGACCGUGGACAGACCUGACUUUGUCCAUAAUGCCAAGAACACCUUCCAGCAGAGUGAUAUUGAGUACAAGUAUGACAAGGAGAUGAUGAAAGGCUGUAUGAUGUCCGUGGUGGAUGACAAGCUCACCGUCCUGGCCAAGAACAAUUCUGAUAUGUCCAAUGUGAAAUACAGACAAAAAUAUGAGUCGUCUAAAGGACAGUACAAGGCUGUUAUGGACACUCCUCAGAUCCUCCAUGCCAAAGCAGUGCGCAGUCUUGUGUCUGAGAGCAAAUACAAAGAGGCCAGUAAGAAGGACCAGCAGUCUGGCUCCUUCACCACCUUGGCUCAGACCCGGGACACCAUCCACAGCAAGGAGAUCAACAAGCUCAUCAGCGGGAAACUCUACAAGGAGAAGUUUGAGGCAGAGAAAGGGAAGUCAAAGUACAACAACAUGAUUGUACCACCUGAUGUGCAGCAUGCCAUGGAGGUGGCCAAGAGCCAGAGCAAUUUUGCCUAUAGGAAAGACGCCAAGGCCAAGCUAAACUACACCUCUGUAGCCGACCGUCCUGACAUCAGGAAGGCCACCCAGACUGCCAAGCUUGUCAGUGAUGUUGGCUACCGUGAGAAGGCUCGCCAGGAGGCUAGUCGUGGAGGCUCCCUGGCCCACCGCCCUGACAUUGCUCUGGCCACAGAGGUGUCCAAGCUGACCAGCCAGGUAGAGGGCACGCCCUCCCUCCACGGGACGGCCUCCUACGACACGCCCCAGAUGCGCCACAUUAAGAAAAUGAGCUCCCUGACUAGUAAUGUGAAGUACAAGGAGAAGCAUGACACGGAGAUGAGAGGAAGGAAGGCACAGUAUGACUUGAAGGACAGUAAGAUUUACCAGACACUGAAGGAUGCAAACAUCCUGGCUAGUGAGGUGAAGUACAAGGGCGACCUGAAGAAGAUCCACAAGCCGGUGACCGACAUGGCCGAAUCUCUGUCCAUGCAACACAACCUGAGCACCAGCAAACUGUCCAGCGGCUACCAGUACAAGAAGAAAUUUGAGGACAGUAAGGGUCACUACCUUAUGAUCGCCGACACACCUGAACAGCUCCACCACAAGGAGGCCUCAGAACUGCAGAGUCACGUGAAGUACAAGGAGAAGUAUGAGAAGGAGAGAGGAAAGGCCAUGUUGGACUUUGAGACGCCCACGUACGUGACGGCCAAGGAGGCCCAGCACAUGCAGAGCCAGAAAGACUAUAAGAGGGACUAUGAGGAGUCCAUAAAGGGCAAGAACCUCUCAGGGUUGGAGGUCACCCCAGCCAUGAUACAUGUCAGACAUGCCACCAAAAUAGCCAGCGAGAGGGAAUACAGGAGGGACCUAGAGGAGGGGGUGAAGGGUAAAGGGCUAACGGUUUUUGAGGAAACUCCCGAGCUUUUGAGAGCAAGGAAUGCUACUCAAAUCCUAAGUGAGAGAGAGUACAAGAAGUCACUGGAGUCGGAGAUCAAGGGCAAGGGGAUGUUAGCUUUGGCUACCGACACCCCAGACUUCCAGAGGGCUAGGAACGCCACCGACAUCCUCAGUCAGUCUCAGUACAAGCACAAAGCGGAGGUGGACAGGGCCAGCUACACUUCGGUCAUCGACACCCCAGACAUCCUCCACGCCCAGCAGAUCAGGAACAUCAUCAGCCAGAAAAAAUACAGGGAGGAGGCUGAGAAGACCAUGUCUCACUAUGUGCCAGUCCUGGACACCCCUGAGAUGCAGAGAGUUCGGGAGAACCAGAAGAACUUCAGCACAAAUCAGUACCAGACAGACUUUAAAAACACAAAGGGCAAAGUCUGUGCAAUAAAGGACACCCCUGAAAUGCUUCGUGUUAAAGAAAAUACAAAGAAUUUCAGCUCGAUUCAGUACAAAGAGGAUUUGGGUGGAGGAACGUCCCUGUCAGAGACCCCAGAGAUGGAGAGAGUUAAACGCAAUCAGCAGAACAUUAGCACGAUAAAAUACAAGGAGUUGUUGGGUCAGGGCAUCGCCAUACCAGACCUUCCUGAGGUGAAGCGGGUCAGAGAGACCCAGAAGAACAUCAGCUCGAUUCAGUACAAAGAGGAUUUGGGUGGAGGAACGGCCCUCUCAGAGACCCCAGAGAUGGAGAGAGUUAAACGCAAUCAGCAGAACAUUAGCACGAUCAAGUACAAGGACUCGUUGGGUCAGGGAACGGCCAUAUCAGACCUCCCAGAGGUGAAGCGUGUCCGGGAGACCCAGAAGAACAUCAGUGCGGUGUUGUAUAAGGACGCUUCUGCCAAGGGAACCCCCGUGGUGUUCACUCCCGAGAUGGAAAGAGUGAAAAGGAACCAAGAACACAUUAGCUCGGUGCUGUACUCCGACAGCUUCAGGAAGCAGGUGCAGGGCAAGGCCGCCUUCGUGCUGGACACCCCCGAGAUGAGACGCGUCAAGGAGACCCAGCGCAACAUCUCUGGAGUGAGAUACCACCAGGACUUUGAGAAGAGCAAGGGCAGCUUCACUCCCACCGCCACCGACCUUGUGACGGAGCGCGUGAAGAAGAACACUCAGGACUUCAGCGACAUCAACUACCGCGGCAUCCAGAGGCGCGUGGUGGAGAUGGAGAGGAGGCGUGCAGUGGAGCACGACCAGGAGACCAUCACCGACCUGCGUGUGUGGCGUACCAACCCAGGCUCUGUGUUUGACUAUGACCCUGCUGAGGACAACAUCCAGUCCAGGAGUCUGCACAUGAUGAAAGUCCAAGCUCAGCGCCGCAGCAAGGAGCACUCCCGCUCCACCAGCGCCAUGAGCGGAGCAGGAGACGGAGAGAAGUCGGAGGUGUCUGAGAACGUGGACCACCACAUGUCCACGUACAGCAACGGCUUUGGAGCCUCCUCUAUAGGAUACCAGCAGGCCAAGACUGUGGAGCUGCAGCAGAGGUCCUCAUCUGUGGCCACCCAGCAGACCACAGUGUCCUCUGUGCCCUCACACCCCUCUACGACUGGAAAGACUGUGCGUGCUCUGUAUGACUACGCGGCUGCCGACAACGACGAGGUGUCCUUCAAGGACAGUGAUGUCAUCGUCAACGUGCAGUCCAUCGACGAGGGCUGGAUGUACGGCACCGUGCAGCGCACCGGCAAGACUGGCAUGCUGCCAGCCAAUUACGUUGAGUCUAUCUAAAGUUAAGGCCCGCCCGCCCGCCCGCCCACCCAAACCCCAACCUCCUUCCGGAGUGGGCGAGACGCAAUCCCGGUGGACACCUGAUUGGUGGCCCCACCUGCGGCUGGAUCUGUGGCUUUACGAAUAUGCAGUUAUAUAUGUGUAGUGUUUAGAUUUUAGCGGUAGGUUCUGUAUAUGUUAUGAUCUGCUAGAAUGGGACGUUCUACUGUUGUGUAUGCCUGUGUGUACACACACUGCCUAUGGAUGUGACCUGACAAUUGACUACAUGACAUACAUUUAUACAUAUCGAUAUGAAUCAUAGACUAUUGUAGAAUGUUAAACUUCUCCAAGACCCAUGUCUUGCAAGAACAAUGAUGUGACUGAAAAAAGCCCAUUAUUUUGUAAAUUGCAAACAACCAUAUUUAAAUAUUUCAGUUUUAAUAUUUAUGAAAACGCUUUGAGAGUUUUCACUUUCACACACAAACAAAUGGAUGGGCUUGCAUGCCAUGAAGGAUGAAUCGAAAGAAACCAGUUAUAGAGUAACCUUAAAACCACAAUAGAGGGGUUUUAAGAAAAGAUGUAUGUAACCUGAAGGAGGCAUGAACCAUCUCCUCCUGUUAUCAAACCAGUCCUGAAGAGUUGUAAAAGAAGAGCCUCUCCUCCCUCCUUUACUGAAGGCUGGCCAUGAGUAGCAUGUGUGUUUUGUUUCUUCCGAUUGCCGAGGUUUGAGGGGAAAAUGAAGUCGUAUACCUUUAAUCAUUACCUAAUAAAGCACAUCAAGCUUCAGCAGUA